GGUGGGCUGUUACCCCGGUAGGACAAGUCGUAGUUCCACCCCGAUCCUUCGGGAAAUAGCCCAACGAGAGCAUGAAAGUACCCACUGGGGAACAGAAAAUCUUUUAAACAUUUGAGGAAAGUAGUGAUAGGGAGAGGAAUGACUGAUAUUGUACAAUCUGUAACAAGCAAGUGUGAAACCUGCUGUAAAAACAACCCUGACACAAGCAAGAGAGUUGUGUUAGGAGUGACAAAGACAGGAGAUCUCCCAGGAGAUUAUUGGCAAAUAGAUUUUGCUGAGAUGCCACGCAAAGAGGGAUGCAGGUAUAUACUGGUACUGGUUGACACCUUCAGUGGAUGGCCUGAGGCUUUCCCCUGUCGCACCAACACAGCAAAAGAAGUAGUGAAAGCUUUGCUUAAUCAUAUAAUACCAAGAUUUGGAGUUCCUUUGGGAAUGUCAUCAGAUAGGGGACCACAUUUUGUUGCAACAGUGGUUGGGGAAGUUAGCAGGAUUUUGGGACUUACCUGGGACCUGCACACACCAUACAGGCCCCAGGCAAGUGGCAAAGUUGAACGCAUGAAUGGGACCCUCAAAACCCAGAUUUGCAAGAUUUGUCAAGAGACAUCCAUGAGAUGGGUUCAAGCCCUGCCUAUAGCCUUGCUGAGAGUCCGCGUACAGCCAAGGCGAAGGGACAACAUCAGUCCCUAUGAAAUAUUAUACGGCAGGCCAUACCAGGUUCCACAUAUCCCGGGGGAAAUUCAUAUGAGAGAGUGA